AUGUUACCAGUUGGAAACAAGAAUGACUAUGAUAUGAAAAGAUUUCUUCGGGACGUACCCAUAAAUGUGUUCCGUCAAAUUUUGGAACAAAUUCCUCCGACAAUAGUUGAGAUAAUCUUGGAGGUGCCAGAGUUGAGACAAACUAUAAUAGACAUUUACUAUCUGAAUGAAAUACAUUUUAUUCUUGCACCUACGAAAAGACCACAUAGCAUCAACCUACCAGAAGAUGUAAAGAGGCUCGUUUGUAUUGAGAGUUACUACGAAAUAGAAGAAUUUUUGCUCAAGAACCCUGACAUUAAUCCAGCUAAGUGGGUUGUGGCAACGGGUGCAGAUUUUGAAUCUUUAAGAUCUCUUUUAAACAAGUUCAGACAAAGAGUGGUUCUUGCAGACUCUUUGGAGAUUAUAAUUGAAAGAUACGAGCCUUCGAAUGAUGAUUUAGAGCUUAUUUUGUCCUUCUCUAAUUUACGAACAUUGCAUUUUUCUAGGGCCAAGCUUAAUAAAUGCUUAAAAAGCUUGGACAAUAUUUCAAAAAGCAACUUGAAUCUGUUAGUUCUUUUAGGACAUCGAAUUGACUGUUGGAAUUGUAUCGGAUUGCCACAAACUCUUCGACAAUUGGACAUCUCUUGGAACGAACAUACUAAUGUCAAUACAAUUUCACUACCGCCCACAAUAUCACAUAUAUACUGGAAUCAGGCUGGAAUUACUAACACCAUCCUACAGAAGCAAGUAUUUCUGGAAACUUUGAAAGUCUUAAUGCUUACCUACAACAAUAUUUCGAAUUUCAACAUUUCUUUAUUACCUAGAAGUUUAGAGACCAUUGAUUUAUCAUACAACUUGAUUAAUGAAUUUGACGAAGGGUCUGAGUGGCCACCAAAUUUAAAAUCAAUAUUAUUAUCGAAUAACUUGAUCGAUGAUCUGGCGUUGAUGCUGCUCUCAAGAGCUCAAUGGCCGGAAACCUUGGAAGUAUUGAAAUUAGACAGCAAUCCUUUCACUGACAUAAGUGGUUUAGAGAAUCUACCAAAUAAAUUACAGUACCUUGAUGUAUCAUAUAAUCGUAUUAAAAGUUUUGAAACGGCUCAUAAUGGUCUCUUUAAGUUCCCUAGCGAUUUGAAAGAACUCAAUUUAUAUAAUAGCCAGGACCUAACGUUUAGUGACUCUGCAAGAGAUCCUUUCAAAAGACUCCAGUUUCCUCAAUUGACAAGCUUGAAUUUAAGCGAAUGCAAUCUUAUAGACUUAAGUUUCUUUGAGCUCCCGAACUCUCUUCAAAAACUUUCCUUAGCUGGCAACAAAAUUUCCAACCUUGCAACUUACAAUCUCAAAAUAAAUGGUCAUGACAUUUACAAUUGGAGCCAACUUACAAAUUUAAAGGAGCUAGAGCUUUAUUUCAAUAGAAUCCUUACUGUCGAUGGAUGGUGCCCCCCUCCAGGUUUGAAAAGACUCGACCUAAGACUCAAUGGAAUUACGUCAUUGACAUCACAAUUGUUCAAUAAGUCAAUCCAAUCUUUAGACUUAGGAGGGAACAAGAUUUCGUACAUUGAAGUCCUGGAACUUCCCACGUCACUUCGUGCACUUUGUUUGAAUGAUAAUGAUCUCUCUGGCAGCUUCAAAAUUUUCAAACCCAGCCAAAAUCUAGAAAGACUUGACUUAAGCGGGAAUCGUAUUCUGGAAUUAACCAUCCCAUAUCGCGGUGAUAUGAGAGCCUGUGAAGUAGAUCUUCUGGGGAAUAUAAUUUUAAAAGAUCAUUCUACGUCUGACAUUAAAGAUAAAGUUGCACAAUUCUAUUUCAAGCUAGAGGAAGGAUUAGGGUGCAAAGUAAAGAAACACAAGUUUAAUGUAAAUAGUUUACAUAUUUUAGAGUAA